UGUUUAUGUUUUGCAAACCAACAUUUGUUGUUACGCUGCAGUUUCACAGCAUCCGAUAAGAAAGUGAUAAUUUACACUUAAAUUUAACUAAAAUACGUAAUUUAAAACACACCCUGCAAGAUGUCGUAUAUGUUAGCACAUUUGCACAAUGGCUGGCAGGUGGACCAAGCCAUACUCUCUGAAGAGGAUCGAGUAGUGGUCAUACGGUUCGGCCACGAUUGGGACCCGACCUGUAUGAAGAUGGACGAGGUGUUGUACAAUAUAGCGGAAAAGGUGAAAAACUUUGCCGUGAUCUAUCUGGUUGACAUUACCGAGGUGCCCGAUUUCAACAAAAUGUACGAAUUGUACGACCCCUGUACGGUGAUGUUCUUCUUCCGCAACAAACACAUCAUGAUCGAUCUGGGGACGGGUAAUAACAACAAAAUUAACUGGCCGCUCGAGGAUAAGCAGGAGAUGAUCGAUAUCGUCGAGACGGUUUAUCGAGGGGCACGCAAGGGUCGUGGUUUAGUGGUUUCGCCAAAGGAUUACUCUACGAAAUAUCGGUACUAACUGGGAUGGAUUGUGGGCUGUAAAGCACUGUGUACAAUAAGAUUAUUUUUAAAUAACUUUA